AGUCAGAAUAAAGAAGGCUUUGAUUCCUUGCUGCCGAGUUUAAUCAGGAAGGACCAGAGCUGGCUUCCCGGGGUGACUGGUGGCUUAUUCUGGACUUUGGAAGCCAUUUUAGCCUAGUUGCAAAUGUCGUAAAGGGAAGAAAUGAGAACACCACUGGAGUGCAUUAAGAUGCUUUUGAGCACUUUGUCGGAAGGUUCUAAGUCCGUUUCAGCUGGUCGGUUCACUUCCACUCAGAAUAGGUCAAACUGUACUUGGCUGUUCGACCUUGGACAGGGUCACAUUUCUGUGUGCAUGAAGUCUGGGUUUAUACUGUCGGUGCAUUUUACCAAGCCAUCAUUUUCAUUACCCCCUCUGCUACACACAUUAAGGAAUAAUAAUCUUGCUGCUCUUUCUGCUUUGUUUUGUUUGUUUAUGGUUAAGUAGUUAGUUGGUUAAGUAGUGCUGGCUGACUCUUACCUCAGUUUCCUACUUUUUAAAUGAAGGGGUAAGCUGUUAGGACAUUCCUCUAGCAGUCCAUCUUGUUUUGUAUAGACUUGUAUAUGUGUAUGUUGUCUUCAAAGGGGAAUCUGCUUCACUCUUGACUGUAUAUUCUUCUCUUGUUGAUUGCCUUUGUAAAUGAAGGUAUUAAUGAUUUCUAAGCUUUCAGUUCUAAAUCAUUCUAUGAAAUUAUAGAAGUCAGAAGGAUGGAAAUGAAUAGUUCUUUUUUUUUAAAAUAUGAGAUUAUGGUGGUGAUAGUGAUGGUAGAAGAGGAUUGCUUAAUGAUAAGAAUAUCAUAAAUUGCUUUAAGGGUUGCAAAGCAUUGAUUGCAAAAAAACAUUGAUCUCAUUUAGCAGCCUGAAUUGAUAAAAAAGAUUUUUCAUAUGUAUGCAUUCUGAUAUAAUACUAGCUAAUUUUAAAAAUUAUUAUGAACUCAACUUUACAUCUUAGCAAGCCCAAUUUUCUUUCAUUCAAACAUUUUUAUCAGUUUAAAUGUAGUUUUACAGUUUAAAUGCGGACCAGUAACAUAGCAAACAAAUAUCUGUGACAGCUUAUAUCUAAAUAAUAUGAAAAGAUCAUGGAUCUCCCUUAAUUUAUCUGAAUUUUUUCCUUUAGAAGCAGUUUUCAUGUUAAAAGAAAAAACUUAUUUCCACAGUUUUAAAACAAAACUUUUGUGUACCAUUGUGAGGAUACAGUUUCCUUUGUAGCUCUUGGCUCACUGCUGCCCCCGCCCCACCUCCCCCCUAAAAAGUUAAGACUGUUGCAGUAAAAUACAUGUUUGGUUGUUAUCUCCUCUACAUUAGUUCUUGAACCCUUCUGAUUACAAUGUGUAGCUGCCAAGCCCUGUUCUGGAGUAUUAUCUAUACAAAAAUUUUCCAUGUGAUGGUAGUUAGCGAGCAGUAGCAGACACACAUCUCAGAAGGGAUCCAAAGUCUCAAAGGAAAGGCACUUCUUGAGAAAUGCAUGGAAGAGGCGGUGGUUUGUGCUCCGAAGUGGCCGUUUGACGGGAGAUCCAGACGUAUUGGAAUACUACAAAAAUGAUCAUGCCAAAAAGCCCAUCCGCAUUAUUGACUUAAACUUAUGUCAACAAGUAGAUGCUGGAUUGACAUUUAACAAAAAGGAGUUUGAAAACAGCUACAUUUUUGAUAUCAACACUAUUGAUCGAAUCUUCUACUUGGUAGCAGACAGCGAGGAGGAAAUGAAUAAGUGGGUUCGUUGUAUUUGUGACAUCUGUGGGUUUAACCCUACAGAGGAAGAUCCGGUGAAGCCCCCUGGCCCUUUGCAGGCCUCCUCCGACUUCCCCUUAGCUGUGAGCACAUCUCCUCCCUCCAUGCAGAUGGACCCCUCCUCUGGCACUCUACCUCCUGCCUAUCAGCUAAUUAACUUACCAUCGCACCUGGAGCCUCUUCCUAUUCAGGAUGACCCCCAAGACUACCUCUUGCUCAUCAACUGUCAAAGCAAGAAGCUUGAGCCUACAAGCCAAGGGUCCUCUUUUGUUUCUGAAGAAGGAGAGGAAUAUCUGCUUCUUGAAGACUUUGAAAGCAAAAAGAUUCCAUUGCUACCACAUGCUGAUUCGGCCAAAUCCACCUCAUCCGAGACAGACUGCAACGAUAAUGUCCCUUCUCAUAAAAAUUCUGCUUCCUCUCAGAGCAAGCACGCAGUGAAUGGCUUUUUUCCACAGCAAACCUUGUACGACCCCCUCCCCUCCUCCAGUCUGUAUAACCUGCCACGGAGCUACUCCCAUGAUGUCUUACCAAAAACAGCAUCACCAUCGAGCACGGAAGCAGAUGGGGACCUUUACGUCUUUAAUACCCCGUCUGGAACGUCGUCCCUAGAAGCGCAGAUGAGACACGUUUCUAUUAGUUAUGACAUUCCCCCCACCCCUGGGAACACGUACCAGAUUCCAAGGACUUUUCCAGAAGGAGCUCUGGGCCAGACAGCCAAGCUAGAGACGAUCCCAGAUAUCCCUCCCCCGAGGCCCCCGAAACCACACCCUGCUCACGACCGAUCACCUGUGGAAACCUGUAGCACCAUCCGCGCUGCCUCAGAAACAGACAACAGUUACUCCGUUCCCACUGCUGCUGGCCCACCAGCGCGGAGUAACACCAUUUCUACUGUGGACUUGAACCGGAUGCGAAAAGAUCCUAGUUCUCAAGACUCCUAUGAUAUUCCACGAACAUUUCCAAGCGAUAGAUCUAGCUCCCUUGAAGGCUUCCAUGCCCACCUUAAAAACAAAAGCAUGUUGACAGUGGGGAGUGUGUCGAGCGAAGAACUGGAUGAAAACUACGUCCCAAUGAACCCCAACUCUCCACCACGACAGCAUUCCAGCAGCUUUACAGAGCCAAUUCACGAAGCCAACUACGUGCCAAUGACCCCGGGAACAUUUGACUUCUCAUCUUUUGGGAUGCAAGUCCCACCUCCCGCUCACAUGGGCUUCCGGUCAAGCCCAAAGACCCCGCCCCGGAGGCCAGUUCCUAUGACAGACUGCGAGCCCCCACCUGUGGAUAGGAACCUCAAGCCUGACCGGAAAGGUCAAAGUCCCAAAAUUUUAAGACCUAAACCCCAUGGUUUAGAGCGAACUGAUUCACAAACCAUAGGUGACUUUGCUACAAGACGAAAGGUAAAGCCAGCACCACUGGAAAUCAAACCAUUGCCAGAAUGGGAAGAGCUACAAGCCCCUGUGAGAUCUCCUAUUACUAGGAGUUUUGCGAGAGACUCCUCCAGGUUUCCUUUGUCUCCCAGACCGGAUUCCGUUCACAGCACAACUUCAAGCAGUGACUCCCAUGACAGUGAAGAGAAUUAUGUGCCCAUGAACCCGAAUCUGUCCAGUGAGGACCCAAAUUUGUUUGGCAGCAACAGCCUGGAUGGAGGAGGCAGUCCGAUGGUCAAGCCUAAAGGAGACAAACAGGUGGAAUACCUAGAUCUUGAUUUAGACUCUGGGAAGUCAACACCACCACGAAAGCAAAAGAGCAGUGGCUCUGGCAGCAGUGUGGCUGAUGAGAGAGUGGACUAUGUUGUGGUGGACCAACAGAAGACGUUGGCACUGAAGAGUACCCGAGAAGCCUGGACUGAUGGGAGACAGUCUACAGAAUCUGAAACUCCAACCAAGAGUGUCAAAUGAAGAUACUCCUCUCCCUGCCUUCCAAGAACCGAAGCAGCCAGAAUCCUCAAGAUAACCCCUGGUAACAGAUGGUACAGAGCCACAUCCACAGCAGUGUUGGACUGAAGAGGACUUGACUGCCCAACUCCAGCUAGACCCUUGAAAUGACUAGAGUUGAAGUCAAUGGACAUUUCAGACAAAAUCAAGCAAUUGAUUACCUAAAUGGUGCUUUGUGGUAUCUGAACAAAUUAUAAGAUGUAAAUAACAUAGAAAAAUAGUAUUGGUUAGCUUCCAGAGAAACAUUUGUUCUCCAGUUAAUACAUUUGUAGUAUUACUAUAUUUAUGCACUUUUUCAGUUAAAAUAUGGGUUCCGGUAUUCCCAAAUAAUGUACCUUAAUGCAGUUCUUUGGUGAGCUCUCAUUCUUCCUCACACUACUCUAAAUAACAAUUCUAGAUUAAUUAAGCUACAUAUAGAGUGGAAAUUGGUGUCUAAACUUCACUUUGCCCAUUUUUAAAUGCAUUAGAAGCAGAUUCACAACUUAAUUGACUACCUGACACUUCAAGUGGUGAACAGUGGUUUGCUGCUGUUUUUUAUUUAAUGCAAAGUAUAAUUAGGGGCUUGCCAUUUGCCCUCUUAACACAUAUGCUAUAAGUUAAUAAUAAUGAACCGUUCUGGAUUUAGGACCUAGUAUUCUCGCUUAGCUACAUCUAGUUUAGCCGUGGAAUUUCUCUAGUUGUUGUUCUUGUUGUUAAUGACAGUGUUUGGGGUUCAUUGGGUGAAGAUUCUGCAGGGUAGGAUCUUGCACUUUUUAAAGACUCAGUAAUUAAGUAUUGAAUUAGCCUGCAAACCACUGAGGGCAUGCAGUCAUGUUGUGCUUCACACUUAUUAACAUGGAUUGAUCUUUACAUUAUUUACGAAAGGUAGAAACUAGCUAAAUAAUCAGGUACGUCCAGAGCACUGCUGUGCUAAUCACACUGAUCAGCUUUAGACAGUGAGCUUUUAGUCUUACUUACAAGUCCUGGCAUUUGGUUUCCAACUUGAAAUUAGUGGGACAGUUGACAUUCACUGUUAGUACUAGUAACAUACUGUGAUUUUUUAAUUAGACAGUAAUACAGAUUUAUUAUUCUAUGAAUGGAAAUAACUAUGUUUUGACACCAUAGUGCCCUUUCUAUGAAUUUUUAUUUUACUUAAUCUCCUUCUUGGCCUUAUAUUUAAAUCCCUAUGCAACUGAUAUUUUAUAUAUAUAUAUACACAUAUAUAUAUAUACAUACAUUUUUUAAAAAAAGAACAGAUGCUGUAAUGUAAGUAAUUGCCACGUGUGACACCUAUUGCUUUUCCAGUAGAGGAUGUAAAGGUUUUUUGUACUGUGAUUUUUAUUCACUGCCCCAAUUCCAGAUACACUCAGAGCCUCAGUCUAACAUGACGUUAAAAUGGCGAAUUUGGCUUUGGGCACCCAUAUCUGGGUGCAUUCUUGAGAGUGCCAGAAGAAUUUUGGGAUGACACCAUCCCUCACCUUAAACUUGGUCCUCUGUCCUGAGUACCAAGGCAAUGGCAUUCGAACCUGACUGCAAUGGAUUCCCCUGCCUUGGAUUAGAAACAUGAUUUACUUAUCAGGAAGAAGCUACUCUUAUUUACCUAAAUGACGUAUAUAAGGCCUCGUAUAUAUGGAAUAAAAUAUACUAACAUGGAGGAAGGAGGGAAAAAGAGGAAGAGAGAAGGUUAUGUCCCCAGUUGUAAGAUGUCUCUCCCUCCUUUCAUCCAGACCUCUGAUUGUUGCCUAUUUAAAUCAUCAUGUCCUAUUUUCUAGCAUGUUGGCCUUAUUGCUGUGCCUAAUUAUAUCCCUCAAUCCACAGUGUAUAAAUUAUCCUAAUAAGGUGGCUUGUAGAGCUAGUAACAUUUUGACGCUUUCAAUGUUUGUUUCUUGGGGGGGGGGGGGGAGAAAACACAAAAACACACACAAAAAAAACAAAAAACUAAAACCGGGACGUACUUUCUAAGGUGAUUUUAAAAAUAAAUCAGAUUGUUCAAGAGUGAUGUGUUAAACUGUUUUGCCAUGCAAGCAUAAAAUAAAGGCUAAGUGCUAUGAAAUGUGCCUAAACUACCCAAACAUAGUUAGUUGGUCUGUGAAGAUGCUAAAUUUUGUUGCCUAGUACAUGUGACUUAAAUCUCAAACAUUUUCAGAGAGAAGUUACUGAUAACUGAGAAAUAGGAACUGAUGUGUUAUUUUUUAGAAUUGUCUCUAGGAUCUCAAACUAUGGUGAAAAAAUGUUAUGUUUCUUUUUUUUGCACAACUCUGUCAAGUUAUUCGUUGUUUCCCCUAGGAACGCAGCGCUCCCGGCCGGUCAGAGUUGUGGGUGUUUUCCCCUCAUGUAGAGUGAGCACUUGGUACUUAAAGUAUUUGAGGAAGGCAGUUUGCUGUAGGAAAUUAACAUCCACUGAAAAUUUUCUUGCCGAUAUUCAAUGAAAGAUGAAAUUCUCGUGGAAAGUGAGUCUGGUGCUAAAUCAAUCAGUGGGGUUGUGGAUGUCUGAGAACACUGGGCUGGGUUUGGGGAGCUCAGCUAUCUUUUUUCCCCAUGUGAUCAGUGUUUAGAAGAUGUUAAUCAUGUAUUUUCAACGUUAAAAAUAAUUUUGUUAAUGCCUUGCUUUCUAAGCAACUACCACACUUCAUGAAGGUGUCUAGUGUUUCACAACUUAAUCUUUAUUUACAUUUUUUAAAAAUUCAACUUUUUUACUCUCCUGACUUUCAAAGGAUUUAAGCUAUUUGAACUUAAAAUGGGCAACUCUUAGUCCAGUUUUUAAGCUGUCAGUGGUUAUGUUUUUGUCUGCACUAUCGCCAAUUACGUGUACACACAAAUAUAUCAAUACCACAUGAGCAACUGUGAGCAGAAUAGAGAAUACUACUAUGCAGAUACUCUGAGGUACAUAGUUAGACAGAGGCACCUGUGACUUCUAAUAGAAAAGAAACUACACACAACUGAAGAAAUAGGAGACCAAACUAAAUUUGGUGUAUAAACCCAGUAGUGCAUAGCCCCGUUACAAUUUUCCCUGGCCUCAUUUUUUCCCCUAAACUAGGACAAAUGGACUUAAAAGUUAAUAUUUGUGGAUGCUAGUGAGUUGAAAAUGUCCCAUCAGUUUGAUUCCCUUCUUUGGGAAGUGGCCGGAUUUCUCCCCUUCUAGUCUAUCGUAUCUUUUUCAAGGUUUCAUGGCUACAUAGCCAGGACACUAAGUAGAACGUGCCCAACUGCUUCCAAACAUACUUAAUGCCUCCUUAUUUUGCCUCAUCAAAAAGAUAGAGCUAUUCAAAAUCUUUAAUGUUUAGAAACUGUGAGAGAUGAACUAUUGCCUCUAGUUUUAUGACCCGACUGCUGAUGGUGGAAGGCAAGGCCGACCAUAUAGUAAAAGGCAAUGAGUAUAACUGAACAAAUCAUGCAUAUACGUAUGCAUACAUGUGUGUGUAUAUAUAUAAAUAGGAUUUCCCAUAACAGCACAGCUGUCAAUAGCAUCCUCAUUUUUAUAAAUGGUGUAUUUUCCCCUCCAUAUUAUAUUUCAUCGCUAUAAGGUGAACUUUGAUCCAGUUUACUAAAGGAAUUUGGCGUUUUUGUUUUAACCAUUUUUUGAUGUAUUUACACAGAAAUAUCAACAAUACCCCCCCCCCCAAAAAAAAAAAAAACCACAUACAUAUGAGUUGCCAUUCCAAGUAAGGCCUAUAGGCUGUUCAGUUCAGUACUGUUUCUGACAGUAUUGGUUUGUAGGGAGGUGUGGUUGUCCUCUAUAUGGGCAGCCCCCAAAAGUUAGGAAGUAAAUUGUAACUGGUUCAAUUCCCCAAUUCUCUUUGUCUUUUCUGUACUUCUGCAAAGUAAAGUUAGGCCGAGUAAUUCAUGAUUAUUCUAGGCAUUCAAAUGUAAAUAGAUUUCCUGAGAAGAAAUCAUCUUUCUUGGUUGUGUUGUAGAAACAAAACUUCUGAUCUCAUUUUGUUUUGAGAAAUCUCUUGGAGAACUGAAAGGUGGUUGACAGGUUACAUUUCAUUACUGUUGAGCUAAUCUGGUAACACCUCCCUAAACUUAGCCAUUUUAACACUAAGCAAAAUUAUUUUUCUUAAAAGGUUAUUAAAAUAAAUGGAAAAUUGUAAAAAUUUCAAAACAAAGUUUCCAAGCUUGUUUCUCUAAUCUCUGUAUGGCCAAAGACUGGGGUUUUACUUUUUUUUCUUUUGCUACUCUUAAUUGUUUUAUUAAAUUACUGCCUCUGAGAAA